AUGUUCGGAGCAUGUGGUAAAGGGCUCCCUGGGCAGGGCGGAGUCCUCCUGGCCCCGGUUGCACCACGCAGCAGCGUUUUUCUCAUGGGAGGCACCUGCCAGCCCAGGGAGGUGCUGGUCAACGUCCACAAGGAGCCCCCACAGGGCUCAGGCCACUUCUUCAAGCCCUCCUGUGUGGCUCUGCAGCGAUGCGCCGGCUGCUGCAGUGACGAGGCCGUGCAGUGUUCCGCUGGGCAGAAGCGCACCGUCAGUCUGCAGAUCAUGCUGGUGAGCUCCAGCACACAGACCUCGCAGCUGGAAAAGGAGGACUUCACGGAGCAUGUGACGUGUGAAUGCAGGCCUCAGAACGUAAACAAGGCAAAGAGCGGGAAGAGGAGCCAAGGAAAAGGGCAGCCGAGAGCCAGGCUUCCCUUUGUCUGAGCAGCCUCUGACUCCAGCAGCCCUUCCAGGCUGCCCACUCCAUGGAGGGGGGGGGGGGGGCCCUGGUCUGCAGGGGCCGGCGGGGGGGGCCCUGGGGGGGGGGGAAGGGGGAGCAUCACCAACCUCUGGAGAAGUUGCUGCGUGUCCAUGUGUCUCCCCCACGUUUGCUGAACUACAAAGCACAUCACUCCCAGCAAGCAAGGCCAGAACUGAAGACCACCCCGUGAGGCUCCCUUUUCCAAAAACCCAGCAACAGAGCUUGAAUUUAUUUUUCUUACCUCUGAAAGCCAAGCUUGACCAGCCUUUGCCAUUCUCCGUCAGCUAGAAUGGCUUUCAAUACAAUUGUCCUGGUAAUGCUCAAUUUUUAAAAUUAGACUUUGAUCUCUCCCAGCCCCUCAUGAGGGGAAAACGUCCAGUUUCUUUUAAAGAAUGUGGAAUUGUGCCUUUUAGCCCUGGAUCUGCAGGAUUGUUAAAGAGCCUUGGAAUAAAAACGUAUAAACUGCA